AGUGGCACCACGCGUGUUUGUUUUGACAGGUCUGCUUCCCAGAUAUCGGUACAUAAAAAAUGAAGUGGGAUUUUGUUCUGUAUUUACGAAGUUGGAUAGGGUUCGUAGGGCUUAUGGCUAUUGGAAAUACCAUUCAGUGCUUUUGGGAUCAUCAGUUCCUUGCCAGCAGACUGUACAAUGGGGCUCCUAGCUCUGUAAAUGGCCUGGCAGCUCGCUUGUUUGGAGUCUGGACACUUUUGGCUGGCAUUCUUAGGAUAUGGUGUGCAAUAUUCACAUACAAUCGACCGUUGUAUGAUUUGACACUGUUCUCCUUUGUCCUAGCCUUUUUGCACUUUUCAUCAGAGGUGUUCAUCUUU